AUGGCUAUGACCGGAAACCAUUCCCCUCGCCAUUCCUCUGAUAACCUUCAAUCGCGUCGCGCCACGCGCCUCGCUGCUUCUUCGCCGUGGAACCAAGUUGUCCGCGGCGAAUCGGAGCCCGUUGCGGUGCCUCCGUCAUCUCCUGCGGCGUCUCAGUUAACGGAGGCUUUCCCCUCCUCCGCCUCGACGGCGGACGGUUUUAGCUCCGCCCCGGAGAGCUCCGACAAUGGCGGCGCUUCGAAGAGGCCUGUUUGGAACAAGCCUUCUCCUAAUGUAGCGGCGGUUUCCGAGGCUCGGCCGGUUAUGGACGCGCUUUCGUGGCCGGCGUUGUCGGUGUCAACAAGAGCUGCAAUGAAAUCGGAAUCGGCGAAGGGUUUGUUGGAUGGAUCUUCUAUGCCACAAUUGCAGGUUUUGGGAAGUGCGUCUUCUUCCUCCUCUCCACAGAGGGAAGUCAGUGAUAAUACAAACACCAACACUAGCAACAGUGUGGUGUCCACUCGGCCGAAAUCAAUAAGAAAUCAAGGUUUAAGUGCAUCUUCUAAUGGUGGUCAGCCACAACAGUCUGUGCCCCCGGCUUCGGUAUCUGCAACUGGGUCCCGUAACUCCUCUCCAAAGGACCACACACAGAGAGGUGGAUUUUUGUCUAAUGAUCAUCCGCAGCAGCGUAAUUCGUUUAGAAAUCGCAAUGGUGGUUCACACCAGCGCGGAGAUGGUUCUCACCAUCAUAACUAUGGGAACAGGCGUGAUGACUGGAAUAAUAACAGAAGCUUCGGCAGUAGAGAUACCCAUGUGCCUCCAAGAGUUGUUCCAAGAUUUAUACGGGCACCUCCACCUCCACCUCCUAACUCUACUCAGUUUUUUCAUCCAUCACCAAUUCGGCCUUUUGGUGGCCACAUUGGAUUCCAUGGUAUGAUGUAUUAUUGUCUUUGUCCUGGUAAUUUCUUUCAAUACAUGAACAAGCUCAGAUCUGUAUUCAUUUCCAGAACUAGCACCACCGAUGGUGUUCGUUGCAGCUCCUCCUCCACCCCCAGAUUCACUGAGAAGUGUUCCUUUUGUGCCUCCCAUGCAACAUCAUCCCCUGUUCUUUACAGGUCCGGACCCUCAGUUGCAAAAUAA